UGAACACUCAGAUGACCUUGAACGCAUUCUGGUUGUUGGGUAACGACACCUGUUGUUGUUAUAGCGAAAAUAUGAACUCUAUACACCAACUGAGUAGUCGUGCAUCCUUUUACUGGACACCAUAGUAAUUAAAUUGAGGGCUUUUGAAGAAGACUACAAAACGGGAUAAGAGCGAUAAACGGGUCAGAAUACAGGCUGACCUUAAGUCACCUCGGUGAAUACAUGUACACAGACUGGUCUAACUUGCAAAAUGAUACUCCUCACUCUAAGUGGGACGUAUUUUUAGGCCGUAUCAUUGGAAGACACCCUGAUUGAUGUGUUUCAAUGCAUUUUCUCGUAAGUAAACCUCAUUUCGCUUGCAAACAUCACUUAUUUUUAUGGAUAGUCGGCUCAAGGUCACUCAUGCGUUCUCACCAGUUGGGACUCUAUUGUUUACCUUUGCCUAAAACAGUAUUUGAAUAGUUUGAGCAUUAAUGUUUACUCAUCUUUGACCCAUGUUUUCUAGAUGGACGCUUGGCAGCUUGUUUUACUCGUUGCUAAGUCCAUCCUAUCGAUUUCCCCUCUGAUUUCGCACAUUGGUGAACGUAUGUAGAGAAGAUGAAUGUUGACAAAGGAGAGUCUGUUAUUUCAAACGGGCUGCUUAAUGGGUGUAAUAAGUCCAAUUUCAGUGAAACGAAUUUACCUGGACAACUAAAUAACAUUCACAUGGAAAAUGACUCACUUAAAACUGUUCCUACUGAAUUUUUUCAAUGCUCAUCAGAAUCGAGAGAUCAUUCAGGAAUUUCUGACACGUUUUACACCUUCCCUUCUUACCAUAAACCAUGCAACUGCGCCAAGUCUCAUUGUCUCAAACUGUAUUGCGAAUGUUUUGCUCGAGGCAGUGCUUGCAAUAACUGCAACUGUACUAACUGUAUGAACAAUGGUCUUCAUGAAGAAGAUCGUCGGAGGGCAAUAGAACUCACUUUGGAAAAAAAUCCACUGGCAUUUCAUCCGAAAGUCGGCGACGGCGAACGACGACACUCAAAGGGGUGCAACUGCAAAAAGUCCGGCUGUCUGAAAAACUAUUGCGAAUGUUAUGAGGCGAAAAUUGCGUGUUCUAACUUAUGUCGGUGUCAGGGAUGUCGAAACGUUGGGGAGGAGCAGAUUCAGCAAGAAUCAGACGCAGAUCCUCUUCGGAUCAGUGAGCAAAACUCACUGUUACACAAUGGUCAAGAUACAUUUUGUUACAAGGAGAAUUAUGUCCAACUACCACAUGCUAACCAAGCUUUCGGAGGAAUAUUGGGCACCAUCAAAUCAAAUCUACCUACUGAACAUGGAUAUAUAAACAGGCCAAAAUUGCUUAUUUCCUACGAAUCAAUUGAGGCAGCAUGCAGCUGUAUGCUUGCUCACGCCAAUGAAGCUGCACUCAGAAAUCUUUCCGACUAUGAACAAGAAAAGGUUAUCAUAGAUGAAUUUCUAAGAUGCUCUGAGCAAAUAAUCCAGUCAAUCAUUAAGAAGGCAAUGAUGUAUCGCACGUCUAGUUCUUCAUUCACUGAAAACUGUGGAGAUAGCAGCAAUCCCAAUCUCGUCACUGGGCGGAAUUUUCCUCCUGGGCAGGCUAUGACCGAGGACGUCUCCUCUACAACUGAGAACACAUGUCAAAAUGCACCAUAUACGGUUGGACCUGAAGGUAUUGAAUACAAUGUUUCAUUUCGGUCCACCCAAAAUGAACAACGAGCACUUCAUGAUAUUACCCAGGAAACGAAUUUUUCAGCAGGAAGUAGAUAUAGUAUUCGUAGUCCUAAAGAGUCACAAUUUCCACGUGUUUCCGAAUUUCGAAACGUUGCAGGUGAUGGCAACUUAAGUUUCACAAAGAACCAUUCAAGAUUUUCACAGCCUUAUAUAUUAGAAGAUAGACAUGUCUUUUCUGAAAAUGGUCAUUUAAGAAUUUUCCACUCAGAGCCAUACAUUUUAUCAACUAAUCUUCACUUUAAAAGUGUUCCAGAUCCAUCCAUAAUGAAUAACGAUGUGUCCAACUCACAGAAUAUCGAUGAAAAUACUAGUGAACUAAACACUUCCCACUAUGUGGAAAGUGCUGUGGAAAAUCGACUAAGUGAAAAUGAAUACUUGACUACCAAUUAUGCAGAGGAUGAAGAAACGAAUACAGCAACAACUGCCCUACUUAAUGGUUCUCUGAGGUAUGAUCAGAAUGCUGUCAGCCUGUCAUCCGGUAUUGACUUUAUUGGAUUAACAGAAGGAGGUCACGGUAUUUUAUUAGAUUCAAAUGACGUUUCUCUGAACAGUAUCUACGGUGACAAUCUUAUCACUAAAAAUAAUCAGACAAGUUCGUCUCCUCUAAAUAAUUCCAAGGAGAUUCAACAAGGUAAUUAUCGCUUGAUAAUAAAAUCUGAUUUAAACUACUGUACGUUGUAA